UGCGGUGCCGGAGUGACCUUUAUUGGAGUAUUUUUUUAACCACUGGCCGCUGUGGAGCGGCGACUCCAGCCGCUUUCGCAUUUAUGUCUCCCCGUGAGAACUGGCCUUUUAUUAUCAGCUCUUAAAAGUGUGUGAACGGACAGCAACAUGGGAGGAAAUGGGAGCACGGCGAGGAAAGUGUCAUUCGGACUGGACGAAGACGAGAAGGUCACAGUAAUUGAAGGGGUGAAGCUCUCAGAGGAUGUUCUCCGGCGUAUGAGGGAAUCUCAGGGGACCGGCAGCAACAAGCCGACGCUGCGUCCGCCAGACAGCCAUAAACCGACAACAAGUCCUAAACCAGCAGGAUCCUCCUCUAAAGAAAUACAGGAAGAAAUGCGUAAAAACUUUGAGCUUCAACAGUCCAUGGUGCAGGAGCAGUUGGCCAGACUGGCCCAGAGGGAGAGGGAGGUUGUAACAGCCGCGGGCCUGGAUGAGAUGACCCCUGCCGUCAUCAUUGAGAAGGGGAAGGCCCAUGAAGCGCAAGACAAGGCCAUGAGACUGCCAGCAGAUUUGGAUGCCUGGGCCAAAAGACUGGAGGCAAAAGAAAAGGAGCUGGCCACCCUGUCCAAUUUCUACAAAGAGCAAUUAGAAAUAAUGGAGAAAAAGAACUUGGACAUCUACAAUCAGACGGCUGAACAGUACCACAAAGCAGCUACCAAAGCUGAGGCUCACGUCCGGCCCCGCCACACCGGACCUUUGUGUACCGAGCUGCAGGACAAAGUGUUCCAGUGCUACAGAGAAAAUCCGAAGCAGACCCUGCAGUGCUCCAGCCUGGCCAAACAGUACAUCGCCUGCGUCCAUCAAGCAAAGAAGGCUCCUCUGACGAAUCACGGCUGAAGAGAAACGCAAAGAAAGCAGGAGCGAGUGGAGGAGAAGAAGAAAAAGGAGAGAGCAUGUCAGAUCCGCUUGUUUUGUUCGCCUCCCUCUGCCCUUCUCCUAUCCAUCCAUCCAUCCAUCCAUCCAUUUAUUUAGCCACCACUAUCACUGAAUAACACCGUCCUCUUUCUCAUUCGCUAUCCUUCUUGGUUUUUGAGUGUAUUAUCUUGACUUGUCACUCCAGAGUGUACGACGUGUUGAUUUAUUGUCAAGUUGUGCCAGCACACCCCUGCCGUCGCUGAAAUAAAUCCCAGUGAUCCAGUGGU